AUGAACCAUUUAAGAUCUGCUUUGUCAAGUUCAUUCUUAUCACCAUCUUACUGGGAAAAAGCACAAAUGGAAAUUGAACAAAACCGUCAAUUGGUCAAAGGAUCCCCGGCAACUAUUUCCAAGUAUGUCUACAAAGAUAUUCAACUUGUGAAAGAACAGAUAAAAGCAUACAAUUCACAAAACAAGGCAUUCACUCGGAACAUAGUGCUCUACAAGCUCUUCAAGAUGAUUGAAAAAUCCAAUACAGACCUGCUCAAUGCCCUUAAACAAAAACAUAAUUACACCACCAAUGUUACAUACUACAAACAGCUUUUGCAACUAAACAAGCGAUUCUUGAGAGAAUACGAUGACGUUUUGCUGAUGAUGAAAAAUGACCACACAAACGGCUUAUUGUCCAAAGCUAAAGCUAAGAUAGCAUCAUCCAGCACUGCAUCUCAUGUCUAUAGACCUUUAGAUGAUGUUCCCGACGAUUUAGUUGACCCUUUGUCGUACGAGGUAUUUCAAGAUCCUGUGGUGACUCCUGGUGGGAUUACCUACGAAAAAGCUAUCAUUCUAGACCAUUUGGAUCGAAAUGGAAACUUUGAUCCCAUCACUAGGGAAACUUUGAAGCCGGCUCAAUUAUAUCCCAACUUAGCGGUGAAAAACUCAAUUACUAGCUUAAUUGGACAGAGCAGUUAA